CCGUUCUCUUCCCCGUUCUGCCUCUUGUCAAGCCAAUUCCCCAGUUGUUGCGCCUCUCUUCAAACCUUUGCCGGAGGGCGCUCAUGACCGGUGGCCUUCCCCUCCCCCUCAACCCCGUUGUGUUCUAAUUGUACCUCUUGUUCCCAUCAGCCGUCCCUUUGUAUAACAGAACGUCAUGGCUGCCGAAGCACAGUCUCAGACGCCGGUGCCUGCCGCUGCGGCUCCAGGCGACGCCUCCAAUGAGCCUAAUGAUGCCGUCGCAGCUCCAGCGGAAGCGGAGGCGGAGGUCGAGGCCGAUGUUGGUGCCGACUCGUUAAUAAACCUCACUAUUGUCCUGCCAGACCCCGAGGCACAAAAAAUGCAAAUCAUGGUGUCUACGCAAGAACAGGUUCACGAAAUCCGCCAGUCCAUCAUCGAUAUGCCGUCCGCUUUUCGCUACACGUGCUUUCACCUCGAGCAUAACGGCCAAAAGGUCAACGACUUCAUCCCCCUUGCGGAGGUCCCCGAUCUCGAGCCGGAACCCGUCUUCCACCUCGUCCAAGACCCGUAUACGGAGAAGGAGGCCCGCAUCCACCUCGUUCGAAUCCGAGAACUGAUAGGGGCCGCGGGCGAUAGGACAGAUAUAUCGCAGGGCGUACUGCCUGGUCUGUCGCUCUUCGAGGGGCUUUCCCUCAACUCGCAGGUGGCAGCCACGGGAGACAGUGCCGACGAGCUCCCUGUCAAGGACUAUGACUUCCAGGCAAUUCCUUCACUCACCACACUCAUUCCCGAGCCUGUCAGCCCUCCUCCCAAGACAGUCAAGGGCGUUGCACUUUCGUCUUGGAACCCUCCACCGUGCCAUCUCAAGCAGCGCGGCCACCUCCUCUACCUGAUUGUUACGACGAACGAAGGAGAGCAGUUUCAGGUGACGGCUCAUGUGUCAGGCUUUUACGUCAACAAGUCGUCGAACGCAAAGUUCGACCCUUUCCCGAGGCCUGCCCCCAAGGGCCAGUCAGCCCACUCACUUUUGGAGCUCAUUGGCCUCCUGUCGCCUUCUUUCAGCGAGACUUUUGUCCAGCUCCAAGAGUACAACAACCAGCGAGACCCCCUGGCUACUUUCCAGAUUACAAACGCGAUCCCUGCAGCGCCCUGGGCUGUUCCUCCCCCGAGCUCCGCUCUCUGUGCCCAUGUUCCUGACGCCACACGCCCCCAGGAGACAUAUCUUCUCUCUGGAGUUGAAAACACAGACACUCUGCGUGACUGGAACGAGGAGUUCCAAUCUGCCAAGGAGCUCCCGAAGGAAACCGUGCAGGACCGCGUUUUUCGUGAGCGCCUGGUCUCGAAGCUGUUUGCUGACUACAAUGAUGCUGCCACUAAAGGUGCCGUCAUGGUCGCCCGCGGCGAGAUUGCGCCCCUGAACCCUACGGAAUGCCGGGAUGCCCAAAUUUUCGUGUACAACAACAUCUUCUUCUCGUUUGGCGCCGAUGGCGUGGGUACCUUCACAUCCGAGGGCGGCGACGAGGCUGCCCGUGUUGCCACGGGUAAGGAUGUGGCCGGCGUGAGACUGGUCAACCAGCUCGACAUUGAUGGCCUUUUCACGCCUGCCACGGUAGUCGUUGACUAUCUCGGAAAGCGCAUCGUCGGUCAGAGCAUUGUUCCGGGGAUCUUCAAGCAGCGGGAGCCGGGCGAAAAUCAGAUCGACUACGGCGCUGUUGACGGCAAAGAAGUCGUUGCCGCCGAUGACAGGUUCACGGCCGCCUUUGCGCAGCUUUCUAAGGCGCUCAAGGUCAAAAACCACCCUGUCUGGGACAAGGAUGGAAAGAGAUUUGACCUGGAGGCUAGUGUCGAGACCAAGGGUCUCAUGGGAACCGAUGGUCGCAAAUACGUCCUGGACCUGUACAGGAUCACUCCCUUCGAUGUCAGCUGGCUGGAUGAGACAAAAUCGAAGACCAGCGAGCAGGCAAUUAAGGAGUACCCACACCGGAUGACUGUACUUCGCCCGGAAUUAGUCGAGUCGUUUGCACGAUUCAGAAUGAAGCAGUGGGUGGACAAGGAGCUGGCUCGCCGCGGACAGGCCAAACAGGAGCAGUCCGCUGAAGGAAGCACCGAAGAGAAGAGCGCCGACAAGGAGCCCGAAAACUCGGCGAAGAACCAGCUGGAUCUGUCCGACUUCAAGUUUGCCCUCAACCCCGAUGCUUUCAGCGGCCAGGUUCCUCAGACCGAUGAGGAAAAAGGUGAGCUCGAGAAGGACGAGAAGGAGGUCCGCGAGGCUUGCGACUACCUUCGAGACAAUGUCAUCCCAGAGCUCAUUCGCGAGCUUUCUGAUUCUGACAUCAGCUUCCCCAUGGACGGGCAGUCUCUCAGCCGGCUGCUUCACAAGCGGGGUAUCAACAUCAGAUAUCUUGGCAAGGUGGCAACCCUCGCUACGGAUGUCCGCGUACGAUGCCUACGCGACAUUUGCAUUCAGGACAUGGUCUCCCGCACAUUCAAGCACGUGGCUGCAGUCUAUCUUCGCGCUCUACCCGUCCCUUUCACGCCGGCUUGCGUGUCUCAUCUGUUGAACUGCCUUCUUGGCCAGAAGUUCAAUCCCAAGCCUAUCGCAGAGGUUGAGUCGUCACUCCGAGAGCUCUAUCCUGAGGCGGACCUUAGCUUCGAGCACGUUACGCCACAGACCCUUAGGGCGAGCAUUGAGGAGCAAGUCCUUCAACGUUUCAGGUACAAGCUGAACGUGGACUGGGUCCAGGACAUUCGCAGCACGCAGCUGCUCCGUGAGGUUUGCCUGAGGCUUGGCCUCCAAGUCCAGGCCAAAGACUAUAUCUUUGACAGCGCUCAGCAGUCUGAACCCCAAGCUGAGACAGAAGUUCCUCAAUCUCAGACGAAUGGACAGGUCAAUGGCGAGUCCAAAAAGAAAAAGAAGAAGGCUCGCGAUGGCUCGCCCGCUUCUACUGCAUCCACAACAGCAAACACCACGUUCACGCCGGACGAUGUCAUCGAUGUCGUGCCUCUGAUCAAGCACUCCUGUCCCAGAAGCGCUCUCGCUGAAGAGGCUCUCGAAGCUGGUCGCCUCUCCAUAAUUCAGAACCAGAAAAAGCUCGGCCAAGAGCUAUUGCUGGAGUCCUUGUCGCUCCAUGAGCAGAUCUACGGAAUUUUGCACCCAGAGGUGGCCAAGGUGUACAACAGCCUGUCCAUGCUGUACUAUCAGCUUGAGGACAAAGAGGCGGCCGUCGAGCUGGCGAGGAAGGCCAUUGUCGUUGCGGAGCGGACUGUCGGCGUCGAUUCGGCUGAGACGCUGCUCAACUACUUGAACCUGAGCCUGUUUCUCCAUCAGGUCGGAGACAGCAAAGGAGCCCUCGCAGCAUCGAAGCAUGCCCUGAUGUUGUGGAAGAUCAUUUACGGCCCGGGCCACCCUGAUUCAAUCACGACCAUCAACAACGCCGCCGUUAUGCUACAGCAUUUGAAGGCCUACCAUGAGUCAAGGCUUUGGUUCGAGGAGUCGCUCCGCGUUUGCGAAUCUGUCUUCGGAAAGCAGUCAGUGAAUUCAGCCACUCUCUUAUUCCAGCUGGCACAGGCUCUGGCGCUGGACCACGACUCCAAGGCGGCUGUGAACCGCAUGCGCGAAUCAUACAAUAUCUUCCUCAACGAGCUCGGACCGGAGGACAAGAACACGAAGGAGGCCGAGAGCUGGCUGGAACAGCUGACGCAGAAUGCCGUCUCCAUCGCCAAGCAUGCCAAAGACGUCCAGGCUCGGCGCAUCCGAUCAGGCAUCCGUUUCCCGGCAACGGCUGCGCCUGCCCAGGCUACCACUGGAGGCCCUGCCCAGCGUAUGUCGCCAUCUUCGCAGAUGGACUCGCGCAGCAUAGAUGAGCUUAUCAAGUUCAUCGAGGGCGGCGACCAGAAGUCGGCAUCGUCCAAGAAGCGGCCUGGGCGCGGCAACCCGAAGCGGAGGGGCCAGAGCACAAAGCCAUAAGUAGCUUCAAGCGCAACCAGGGCGCGAGCUGUCACGGAUAUAUUUCUGACGGCACUGUACAAUAUUGGGGUUAAGCAUGGCUGUAUGCAUAUAUGGUUGGAGGUUCGCAGCAUGAGGCAUAGUGGGAAUUUGCGGUCUGCAAAUGGUACGUCUUGGGCUUGCAAGGGCGGCAUGGGGAACGCGACGGCUGAGUUCCAAGGAAGUCUGUGGCAGGCUGGUAUACGCCUGGCCAGUGUAUUCAUAUAUAUCUCAUCAUCAUAGCUGCAUCCGGGCUCAGACUGCUGAGACGAAAGACAUCAUCACUCUCACACCCAUCGCUCUAUAUACCAAGCACUGGAGGUAUCGAUGCCGAGGACGAUCAACGUGGCUUACCAUCUGGAGGAAGAGAGGCUAGGGUGAGUUACAAACGUGG